CCUCACUCUUCUUCUGUCAUUUUAUUUUGUCAAAUGGCACGCUCACGCUGGCCCCUUUUGGAAACGUCACUUCCGCCUCCUCCUUAGCAAAGCAAGAUGGCGGCCGUCGUAGACAGAGUUGAUGGAUGUGCUGGGUCGUUGGACUCAGACUCGGUGUCACCGAGACAGACAACACCUCCGCCGGACCAGAACAACCCGCUGCUGGGACUGCCCAUCGUGGCCAUCGAGACUAUCCUCAACUUUCUGUCCUACGACGAGAUCAGCCUGCUGCGCGCGGUCUGUAAGCGCAUGGACAUGAUCUGCCAGCGUGUCCUGAAUCAGGGCUUCCUGAAGGUGGAGCGGUACCACAGUCUGUGCCAGAGACUCAAAGCCCAGCUGCCCAGGCGAGAGUCAGGAGGGAGAAACCAUUCACUGGCCCGUCACGCUGACACUGGCUGCCGGAGACGCUUCUCUCUGCUCAACAUGACCUUCAUGAAAUACGUCGACUCAAACCUCUGCUGCUUCAUCCCUGGAAAGGUGAUAGAUGAGAUUUACCGCGUGCUGCGCUACGUGAACUCGACUCGAGCUCCCCAGCGAGCUCACGAGGUUCUGCCAGGGCUCAGGGAUAUCUCCUCCAUGGCCAUGGAGUACUUUGAUGAGAAGAUUGUCCCCAUCCUGAAGAAGAAGCCUGCCAGGGGGCCGACCUGUCCGGCCGCCCUUAUUGGGUCUGCACCAGUGGCAGGUCCAUCUACCUCCCUGACCACCAUGUCCCUGCUGGCCGCACAACCAUCGCGCUCUGAGAUGACCAAGGUGCAGCAACAGGUGAAGGUGAACGGGGUCGUGACGGUACUGAGGAGGGAGAUGCAGGAAAUCCGCGUCAAGCAGCUGGAGCAGCAGAAGCAACCAGACCAGGAGCAGAAGCUGCUGGAACAGACGCAGGUGAUCGCCGAGCAGAAAGCGCGCCUGGCUGAGCUGGAGCACAAGCUCCGCGAACUGAUGGACAGCACGCCGCUGCUAUGGGAGGACCCAGGCCAGGCACAGCUGUCCCUCCCACGUCCAGCAGCACUACUGUGUCUUCCACCGCUGCCGCCAGCACGUCUGUGUUCUCUAUCUACUCUGUACGUCGACAAGAAGAAAAAUACAACAUCACCAGACUUCUCCUUCAAAGCUUCUGAGCCCACUAUAACUAAAUCAGAAUAUAGGCAGGUGGUCGGCCAUUUGCAGCCAUGA